AUGGACAGUAUUCGGACUCCCCGGCGUCUGGGUCAUUUGAACUGGGAAAACUUUCACGCUCUCCUCAUUGGAAUUGAUAAAUAUUCGGCUAGAAUAUCCUCUUUGAACGGGGCCGUUCGCGAUAUGGUGUAUAUGAAGGACUUUCUGCUUUCUUCUUUCGAUGUUCCAGAAGGCUCCCAGCUCGAUAUACGAGAAUUGACAAACGAGGCUGCCACUCAUUCAAAAAUUAUAGAUGCCAUAAGAAAACUGGAAAUCGACCCAUUGGUUAAGAAGAACGACGCGAUACUGAUCUAUUACUCUGGCCAUGGCGCGUCAAUACCUCCCCCCGAAGGUUGGCCUGGAUACAGUCGGAAGGAACCUGAAGGAGGAUGGCCGGAGAAGACCAAGAUUCAAUGUAUCGUCGCGGCUGAUGCACAAGUUUCGAAAGAGAAUCAUCGGCACUUCGCCAGCGGCGUUGUGCUCGACCGCACUCUUGCUGCUCUCCUCCACAACUUGGCUGACAAGAAAGGGAGCAAUAUCACAAUAAUUCUUGAUUGUUGCCACUCCGGAUCUGGCACUCGUGAUGCUUCGGAGCUCUUUCGUGGAAUCGAAUUCAGUAGCCCAGAAGGAAAACCUAUCACUGUUCCAGGUGAUUAUCAAAUGUCAAUCUGGGAGAAAUUCAUCGACUUCAACAGAGGAGCCGUGAUUGAUUAUAAGUAUCGCCACGCUGGCCUCGAAUCACAUGUCCUACUCGCUGCCUGUGGUUCUGAAGAAAGGGCAUCCGAUGGCUAUUCCUUCACUCAAGGUCUUUUAAAUUAUUUAAAAAAGGAUACUAUCAACCUGAGCGCCCUUUCGUAUGUUGGACUCAUUCGAGGUGUCGUUUUGAAAUCUAAGAGAGAUAGGCAGCAUCCAUUGUGCGAAGGAAAUAGUAAACACAGCAUGCUUUUCGAUUUGAAGGAGAUCAACGUUGGACGCCCUACGUUUGACGUCAUUAAGGAUAAUGGUAAACUUAUCUUGUGCGCUGGUGGUAUGGUUGGCGUGCAUACUGGAACUGAAUACGGGGUCUAUACUUCGAAGGUGUUUAGCAUUAACAGCACUCUUAUUGGAAAUUUCGUAGUAGGGGCCGUUGGUGCUACCACUUCUUCUCUGAUAUGCAGUGAAGAAGAACUCAAGCUGAUAGAGUACGAGUCAGCUGUUGCCUCCCCCAGGGUUGCUUCACCAAGCAAGUUUUUUGUUCACGUUGGAGAUGAUUCGAUAGUCUCCUGUGUCAAAGACGCCAUACAGCGGGAGAACCCUGAAGAUCAAUUUGGACGACCCCAGCUUUGCUUUGAUGUUACAAGCCCAGUUGAUAACCUGGAUUGGGAUCUUACCUUGGACAUCAGGGAUGGCGAGAUUGCUUUCCUUUACCCAAAGAAAUCCAAAGUGGGAAAAUUUGGAUUAGAUGGUUUGCAAUUCACACUAUCUCUAGAUUCUCCUCGAGUACGACGGGUGCUUCGCUCCGCGGCUCAUUUCUUCGACCAUCUAAACCGCGAAUCGCAAAGUGGAAAUCUUAAGGAUGGAGUAGAAGUGUUUCUCUGCGAGCUGGAAGACAGCAGCUCAUAUGAGAUAGUCAACGGGAAAAUUCGGCGAGAAAUGAAAUUCAAGCGUCGUCUUCCAACUGCCGCACAUGGAGCAUACGAAGUUGAAGCUGCGAUGGCUGGAUCUCAAAGCAAUAGUAUUCCGGCAUAUGGCAUUGAAAUUGUCAAUAAGACUAAAUUUCCGUUAUUUGCAUGGGUUUUUUUCUUUGAUUGCAGCACCCUGGAAAUCGGAUCUUUUUAUGAUCCACCUGUUUCAAAAGGUUCCGCCGUGGUCGAUCCAACGUUACCAGCCUGCGUGGAGGGCACAGGCCCAACGCCGGUCGCUCUCAAUUUCAGAAACGGAGGCGGGAAACUCCUUCGCUUGCAGCUUUAUGAAGGGCAGUCCCUUGACAUCGGAUUUUUGAAGAUUUUUAUCUCGAAAAAGUAUCUAGGCGGUGGACUGUCAAGUAUCGUGCAACCUCCUCCUUUGGUUCGGGACACUAACGGAGUGUGGCGGGGAAUUGCUCGUCAAAGCAGGCCCUAUGAUGGUAGGCCGCUCAAGCGAGCUCUAAAUGGGUCUGAUGAUACCUGGGAUGUACUUACGGUGCCGUUGACCUUGAUUCGCGACGAGGAAGAUGCAUUAGAGGCUGUGCGUUGUGCUACCUCUAUGUUGGAAGAAUGUCUAGGAGGGUUGUCGUUCUCAAAACUUGACGCAGCCGUCUUGCUGUUCCGUCAAGUUUCCAAUCGUUAUACAGCGCCCCAUCCACUCUACGCCGAAGCCACGUUCAAUCUCAUAUCUUCGUUAAGUGUUAGGUUCAUGUACACCUAUCAGAUAGGCGACUUUUUGGAAGCAUCACGUCUUCCCCUCAAGACUGCCGAAAUCUACGAAUUCGAUACUACUGAUAAUACACCUCUGGAUGAAAGCAACGCAGAGAUGAGAUUGGGAAAGGCUCACUUAGUCGACUUUCACAGAUCCAUUCCUCUUCAUGUUCUGAACACUGUCAUUGAUAUGGUGCAGCAAUCGCUUUUAUAUCUUUCGUCCAAUGUUGAUACCAAAGUUGUGGCUUUGACGACACUGGCCAAGGCAGUAUUCACCCGUUUCCUCAUCUGCUCCGAUACAGCCGAAGAUGAUUUCAAUUUGGCCAUAUCUAGCCUGCAGGACGCCCUCACGUAUAUUCCCCAAGGAGACGAUAGACUAUCCAUGUUACGAUUCUGCAUCCACGGAAUGCUAGCUUCCCGGCUUGAUACAUCAGGCGAUAUAUCCUACGUUCAAAGAACAUCAUCGAUUUGGAUGGAUGAAUGGCCACUUGAGGUCGUCGUCGAUGUCCUGGAACGAUUUCAGUCUGCCAGAGAGCUUUACAAGAAAUUUAUGAAGUCGGGAGACCUACAGGCCCUUAAUAAUGCAGAGAAAAUCUGUCGAGAAGGGGUUCAAACUUUACCUCGGUGGUGUGGCGAUCGUUUACUUGUCAUCGAUCUUUUAGCGGCAGUCUUAUUGGACCGAUUCAGAGUUAAAGGUGAAGAGGGUGAUCUGGAACAAGCCAUUUCUUUGUUUAGGCAAAUUAUUGAGUUACAACAUCCCCCUCAUUUCGAUCUACCUCUUCAUUUGUCCAACCUCGCACAAGCGUUGUCAACCAAAUUCAAGCAAGAGGGUGAACUAGAUGACCUUGACGAAGCCAUUGCUCUUAGCAGGAGAUCUCUAGAUCUUGCCCCUCUAUCACAUCCUAAUCGACAUGGCUUUAUGGAGAAUCUUGGUGUUGUACUCUCUGCUCGAUUUCGCCACGAAGGUCAACCCGACGAUCUCGAUGAAUCUAUUUCUCUUCUCAGACAAUCUAUGAAAAUUCAACAGUCUUUGGGAUCGGAACAAUCAUCAACUCUUACCAAUUUUGCAAACUCUUUAUUGACUCGGUUCAAUCAAAAAGGCGACCUACAAGAUCUCAACGAUUCCAUUUCUAUGCAUCGACAAGCAUUGAAAUUGCACAAUCCUUCGGAUCCUGAAAAAGCUAGUUGCCUCAUCAACCUGGCCAAUUCCUUAUUGACACGUUUCGAACAAGCCGGUCAACUCGAUGACCUUGACGAGUCAGUAUCUUUAAACAGGGAAGCCCUCGAGAUACUGCGUCCACCACAUCCCAGCCGAUCCAAAGUGUUGAUGAAUCUUGGGCAAGUACUCUCAACCCGAUUUCGCCAUCGCGGCCUCCAAGAUGACCUUGUUGAAUCUAUGUCUCUACUCGAGCAAGCACUUGUACUUCAGUCUCCACCCCAUCCCCUGCGCCCUAUAUCACUUAGCAGCCUUGCAAAUUCGCUGAUAUACCAAUAUCAUAGCCAAGGUAAUCAACUUGACCUUGACAAAGCCAUUUCACUGCAACAGCAAGCCCUUGAACUCCGACGAUCACCUCAUCCUGACCGGUCCGGCUCUUUGACCAACCUUGCAAAUGCGUUGUUCACCAGAUUUGAACAAGGUAAUCAAAUAAGUGAUCUUGACGAAGCGAUAAAGCUUGACAGGGAGGCUCUCUCUUUGAUCCUCCCGUCACUUUCCACUCGAAUAAACCCUCUGAUCAACCUUGGUCGAGCUCUGUCAACUAGAUUCCGUCACACAGGGCACCAGGGUGAUCUCGAUGAAUCCAUCUCUCUCCUUCAAGAAGCUCUCAAGUUACAAAAGUCUUCUCAUCCACAUAGAUGUACAUGUCUCACGAACCUUGCGAAUUCUUUUCUAACUCGGUUUGCUAUAGGAGGAAAACAGCACGACCUAGACGAAUCUGUCACUCUCUUUGAACAAGUCCUCGAAUUGCGACCGUUAAACCACCCAGAUCGCCCUGGCUCCUUAGCAAAUCUUGCAAUUUCAUUGUUUACUCGAUUUCAGAAGCGUGGUCAACAAUUCGACCUUGACGAAGCUAUUCGACUGAACAAAGAAGCUCUUGAACUCAAUUUAUCGUCCCAUCUUAGCCGGUCCAGGAUUCUUAUCAAUUAUGGGCAAGCAUUAUGGAUCCGGUUCAGUCAUAAAGGCGAACGGAGCGACUUGGAUGAAUCUAUCUCAAUUCUGGGAAAAGCCCUCGAACUUCAAUCACCGUCUGACCCAUAUCGAUCAAUGUCACUUGGCUGCCUUGCUGGUUCUCUAUUGACCCGAUUUAAACAAGAUGGCCAGAAAAACGAUUUGGACGGCGCAAUUUCUCUUUAUCGACAAUCCCUUCCACUCCGGCCUCCACCUCAUCCCGACCGCGCUUCCUCAUUAACCAAUCUCGCAGAUGCGUUGUUAUGCAGGUUUUCACAAGCCAGCAAAAAUGCUGACCUUGAUGAAGCCAUUAGCCUGAAUAGAGAGGCAUUGGAACUCUUCCCUGAAACCCAUCCCAAUCGUUCUGUCGUCAUGAUCAAUCUUGGAACUUGUCUGUGUACCCGGUUUCAUCAUAGAGGCCAGCGGAAUGAUCUCAAUGAAUCUAUAUCCAUUCUAGAGAGUGUACGGGAGCCUCAACUCUCAUCUCAUCUCCAUCGACCAAUCUUGCUUCGUGCUCUGGUAGUUUCGCUUAUGGUCCGGUUCGAACAAGACAGCCAACAAAGUGACCUCGACAGAGUCAUUUCUUAUCAUAAACAAGUCUUAGCGCUUGAGCCUCCUCCACAUCCUGAUCGGCUCGGUUCGUUGAUCAAUCUGGCAGGCGCCCUAUUCACACGCUUCGAACAGAAGAACGACAUAAGUGACUUGGACGAGGCAAUAUCACUUCAUCAAGAAGCUCUUGACCCAUUUCUUCCAUCCCAAUCCAUUAAUAAUCCAUCCUCAGCCUUGGAACAAGCAUCAAAGAGCAACCUUUUCUCUGCAUCACAUCCACUAUUAUCUACACUACUCAAUCAGUUCGCAUCUUCGCUUCUGGCCAGAUUUAGACGAGAAGGCGAACAGCGUGAUCUUGACUAUGCCAUUUCUGUUGGUAGGCGAGCCCUCGAGCUCCGCCAGGCGCCGCACUCAGACCGGCCUGGCUCGCUCAUAAAUCUUGCAAGCGCGUUGCUGACUCGAUUCCAGCAACAAGGCCGGCAAGAUGACCUCGACGAAUCUAUUUCGUUGAGCGUAAUGGCUUUGGAAAUUCUUCCUUCCUCACACCUUGGUAAGGUCGGUGCUCUGAAACAACUUGGUUAUGGGCUAUCAAUGCGGUUUGACUACAGAGGCCAACGCCGCGACCUUGAUGAAUCGGUCUCUCUUUUUAGGCAGGCUGUUGAACUCGUACCUUUAUCGCAUGCACAACGAGCCGAAACCCUUUCGCGACUAGCCAAUUCUUUAUUGGAUCGCUUUCUGCGAAGUAGAGAGCAACAAGACCUAGAAGAAUCCAUUUCACUCCAUCGGCAAGCCCUUGAACGACAGUCGCCGUCUCACUCUGCUCGACCCUCAUUUUUGACAAAUCUCGCGAGUGCAUUAGGUACCCGAUACGAACAAACACAUGAACCCGGAAACCUUGAUGAAGCUAUAUCCCUUAAUAGAGAAGCGCUGCUACUCUUUUCUCCAUCCCAUCCCUAUAGAUUUAUUGUGUUAACGAAUUUAGGAAACCUUUUGUCAACCCGAUUUCUUGCUCGAGGCCAACGCGACGACCUGGAUGAGUCUAUUACCCUCCUUAGACAAGCACUUGAAUACCAACCAUUGUCCCAUCCUCUUCGUCCCAUUACACUUAACAACCUUGCCAGAGCGCUGGCGACCCAAUGUAAAGAAACAGGCAAAUACGAGGAUCACGACGAGUCCAUCCAUUUGCAUAGAGAAGCAUUGGGUUUGCGACCUUCUCCGCAUCCUGAUCGAUCUGCGUCUCUUCACAAUCUUGCCUAUGAAUUGUCAAUCCGAUACCAAAAUAGGGGUCAAGGCAAAGACUUAGAAGAAGCAAUGUCUUUGUUCCUUGAUGCUACACAAUAUCUAUACCAAUCUUCAUCCUACCGACUCCGCGUUGCAAAACGAUGGAUAGCGGAAGCCAAACGAAACCAACAUGGCUCUGCCAUCACUGCAUAUCAAGCUGCACUGCGAGCAUUACCUCAGGUAGCGGCUCUGAGUCUCAGUGUAGAAUCGCGACACAAGGCUUUAGCUGCGGGAAGUGACGGACUAGCGCGUGAUGCAUCUAGCUGCGCGAUUGAUGCGGGAAACUUUGAGCUGGCUAUAGAGUUGCUGGAAGGAGGGCGUAGUGUAUUCUGGUCCCAAGUCUUGUCUCUCAGGUCACCCGUUGACCGAUUGCUCAGCAUCGAACCCAAUGGGCCUGAACUUGCCAAUAAAUUACGAAAUGUUGCUGCUGCUCUAGAGGCAGGAUCUCAUCGUAUUGCCUCUACUGAACUGUUCGAUAACGAGAGGAAAAUUUCCAUCGAACAAGAAACGUCACGAAUGACGGCGCUUAGUGAAGAAUGGGAAGAGACUGUCAUCGCAGUCAGAAAAAUAGAGGGGUUUGAAGAUUUUCUAACCCCGCCCCGUUUUUCAUCCCUCAAACAUGCUGCAGUUCAACAUCCGAUUAUCUUGCUCGUCUCCAAUGAUGACAAGAGUCACUGCCUCAUCAUGACAGCGUCAAACAUUCAUCACAUACCCCUCCCAAAUUUGCGCACCCCUGUUCUGAAAGUCCUUGUUGAUAACGUUCGAACGGCUGUCUCUCAGACUACGAUUCCGCGGUCAUUGAUCGACGAAACCCAAGAAACAAUAGCCAGACUUUUAGGCGAGGAAAGGGGAAUAAGUUAUCAAAAUGACAGCGAAGACUCCGACGAGGCUUUCAGAUUUGUUUUGGGCAUGUUAUGGGAUGAAUUAGUGAAACCAGUAAUUGAUUACCUCAAUAUCAAGACAUCAACACCGAAGCCUAUCUUACAGUGGUGUCCCACAGGCUAUUUCACCUUUCUCCCGCUACAUGCGGCUGGGCGCUAUGGGGGCUAUCCAGCUACUGAAUGCGCACUCGAUUACUUUAUUUCAACGUACACUCCCACCAUCGGUGCUCUACUUUCACGGCCAUAUGCGCCUGCUCCUGACAACUUCCGGAUGAUGACCGUGAUACAAUCUCAUGAGCUCCCUUCCACCGAAAUCGAAUUAAUGAAUAUUCGACAGCACGUAUCUCCCAAUUUUCUCAUUGAAUUAGGUGUUGCUGGAUCGCCUGCAGGAGUCGAAGAUGUUGCUUCCCGCCUUGCUGAUAUUUCUGUCGUCCACUUCGCCUGUCAUGGGAUGCAAGAUCCAUUUAAACCGCUCGACAGUGGAUUGAAGCUCGAUGACGGGAUACUUCGGAUAUCCCGAAUCAUGAAAGAAAAUAUGCGCAACGGAUCGCUUGCCUUCCUUUGUGCUUGCGAAACUGCCAUGGGUGAUGAGAAGCUUCCAGACGAGGCGAUGAAUAUCGGUGCGAGUUUGCUCUUCUCUGGUUUUGAAAGGGUCGUUGCUACCAUGUGGGCAAUGCGAGACGACGAUGGGCCAACUAUUGCAAAUGUCUUCUACCGCGAGCUUCUUGGUACUAAUGAUGGACAAAGGGCAACUGUCCCGGACGUGACAAAGUCUGCGUAUGCACUCCAUACUGCAGUCCAGGAAUUGCGGAGCAAUAAAGUCUCGUUCCGUCGAUGGGUCCCGUUUAUCUAUAUGGGAAAGUAG